AUGGCUCCUAUUAUUUUCACGGAGGCUGCAGCGUGGCCUGCUAGUGAGGGUGAUUUCCCCGGCUCCAUGGUUCUCAUGGACGGUUUUAGUCGUGGCGUGGACAAUCCCACGAACGGCUGGAGCGGGCGAGGUGUGGAAGUUGGCGGACAUUACGGCAGCAUCGAUGGAAAACAACAUCCUGACGCUCGCUUUCCAUCGACGGACGAGCUCGUCAAGGCGGCUCAGAUGCACAGCAGCGACAAUCACGGCGACGCUCUAGCUCAAAUCGGACCUGGACUUAAUUGUGCUACUCCCUUCCUCGAAGACCCGAUGUUCGACGGAUUGCUGACCGGCGACGCGGCGAUUCACGACCCGGUAGCAUGGGCGGACCCCGCGCUUCGAUUUGCGGAGGACUUCUUCCCAUCGUCGGGAUUUGAUGGUAUCAGAAAUAACUUGUUUCAGCCCGAUGAUUUUCAUACGCCUGACCCUGCUGCCGCCGGGAUUCCUUUGACAAAAGGUGUUCACCAACCUCCACAACCAGUGGCACCGGAGCAGGAGGCUGAGAUUCAGAACCAGGGACGAAAUAAAAAGACUCCGCAGCAGCAGCGAUUGCUGGAGCAGUCUCUCUCGCUGGUGCAACCCUUGGUGCCCCGUGCUGAUAAACAGCAGCCGCAGCCUCAGCAGCAGCAGCAGCAGCCGCAGCAACAGCAGCAGCAAGAAAUGGUGUUGCGGCGGCCAAUGGCGCCGCAGGUGGCGCAGGGGAGCACGGGGAAUGCGAACGAGGUGCAGCAGCUGGUGCAGCGGAUAGGCCAGGGUCCAGGGCAGGGCGACGCGCAGCGGUUGAUAGAAUAUCUGCGCCUGCUGCAGCAACAGCAACAGCUGCAGCAGCUGCAGCAGCAACAGAUGCAUCAGCACCAGCAUACGAACGGGCAGCAGCAGCAGCAGCAGCCGCAGCAACAGCGACAACAGCAGCAGCAGCAGCAGCAACAGCAGGAGGCGGCAUGCAAGCGACCGUUGGUGGAUUCCGCGUUCCACCGCGAGUUCGAAUUCGACAGCAUGCCCGCCAUGCGCGCCGCCGAAAGCCGCGCGCUCGAGCGCGCCCUCACCGCGGCUGACAGGGCAGCGGCAGCGCCAGUAGCUUCCGCCAGUGUGCCACCCCGCGGAGCUGCGGAAGCAGCUGCCGAAAGGGCAGCAGCGCCGUUCUUGGCGGGGGUUGCGGGGAUGGCGGCGGACUCGGGGGGAAUGGACGGGGUGGUGGGGAUGACGGGGGGGACGGCGGGAUGGGCUUCCGCGACGGACGCGGACAUGGUAACGCAGCUGUUGGCGAAUUCGCGAAAGCCUCUGGCGACGGACAUGGACAUGGUUUCGCAGGUGCGGCUUCGCAUGGAGCCGUCGCUGCUGGCUUCGUUGGAUGCCAUGCGCGCGCACACGCAGCACCAGGCGCAGCUGCACGCGCUGCAGCAGGCGCAGCAGGUGCAACAGGCGCAACAGGGGUUGCAGGCGCAACAGGCGCAGCAGGUUCAGCACGGGCAGCAGGGGCAGCAGGGGCAGCAGGGGCAGCAGGGGCAGCAGCUGCAGCUGCUGCAGGCACAGGCGGGCAGGGCAGGGGGUCAGCCGUCCGUAACCCUCACCCCAGAACUGCAGCAUUACCUCGCUGCUGCCGGGAAGCUUCCUUCCGCGGACAAAAACCUCCCCAUCUGGGAGGCCCUCCGGGCGGCAUCCGCGCAACAAGCGCCGCCCGGUUUCGUCUGCGCUCCUGUUCCCACCCCUGCCAGAGCCUUCCCACCCGCCACUACCCUCCCACCCGCCGCACCCCUCCCGCGCAUCACGGCUAUCCCGCCUUCCCCCAGCAUAUUCGGUUGCACAGAGGACGUGCGCGCGGUGCACGCGCCCUCCGCGUCGGACGCGGAGCUGCGCGCGCGCCAGCUGCGCCUGGCGGAGGCGGUGGCCACCAGCGAGCAGGGGGAGAUGGCGGCGCUGACGAGCAUGCUGCGCGCGGACGCGACGCCCCAUGGCACGCCCAUGCAGCGCGUGGUGCACUACCUGCUGGGGGCACUGGGGAAGCGCGCGUCGGGGAGCCUCGGGGAGGAGUACGUGGUGGAGCCGCUGCAGACUGCCGAGGAGGAGGCGCUGAUCCUUGCCUUUGCAGCACGCAACCCACUCAUGCAGCACUGCUACACCACCAUGGCGUGCGGCAUCGUGGACGCGGUGGAGCACGACCCCCUCGUGCACAUCGUCGACUUCGCCAUGUGGGGCGGCCAGUGGCCCGUCGUCAUCCGCCAGCUGGCGGCCUCCGCCGCCCGCCGCCGCCGCGAGAGCUGCACCCACUGCUGCACUGCUGUCGGCGCUGCUGACCCCACUGGCGCCAGCAGCAGCAGCGGCAGCAGGAGCAGCAGCAACAGCAACGGCGGCGGCAGCAGCAGCGCAUGCCCUACGUGCACGGGCCCGCUCCCCCUCCACAUCCGCUACACCGCCGUCGAACCCCCUCCCGGCCAUCCCUGGGGCGCGGGUCCCAAGAUCCCCAUUCCGUUUCUGCAGGCGGAGGUGAGCGGCGCAGCAGCGGAGUGCGGAGUGGCGCUGAGCUUCCACCGCGUGGAGGCGCGGCCUGAGACGCUGCGGCCGCUUAUGCUGGGGAUUGAGCGCGGGGAGGCCGUGGUGGUGAACUGUGCGGGGCGGUUGGCUAAUCUGGCGGAUUCCACUGUGCUGCGCUCCAGCCCCAAGGACACUGCCCUCUCGACCAUCCUGCAGCUAGCGCCCAAGGUGGUGACGAUAGUGGAGUGGGAUGCCAACCACCGGCAGCCCUUCUUCCUGCACCGCUUCCGCGACUGCCUCGACUUCUUCUCCAAUGUCUUCCACUCCCACGAGCACCUCGCCUCGCGCGCCUCCUUCGGCCGCCGCGGCUUCGAGGAGCGAGUGCUCGCGAGGGAAAUGAUCAACCUGGUCGCGUGCGAGGGGCUGCAGAGGCUGGUGCGCGCCGAAACGCUGGAUCAGCUGCAUGAGAGGAUGCAGCGGAUUGGGUUUGCCGCCAAGCCGUUUUCCCGGAGGAGUAUGGCCGCGCUGGGGCAGAUGCUUGCGCCGUAUUCCAAGGGGUUUUCGGUGGUGAGUCAUCCGUUGGGGGGUGUGCAGCUGCUGUGGCAGGGGAAGUCCAUGCUUGGUGCGUCGUUCUGGCAUCCUGCUGUGGAAGGGGUGGCUCUGGGCUAG